UCAUCUUCUCAUCAUCAUCAUCAUCAUCCGAGAACAGAGUCAGAAGCAUCACGACUCGCGCGCUGUUACAUCGAGACUAAUGCAUGUAGAUAAUAUAAUGACUUCAGAAAAUGCAAACUGGUGGGUUCAAGAUGAAUGACACGAAUAUGGAUUUACGCGUGGAUGGAUUGGACAGAUGAAGCCACUCCAGUGUGGAUCUGAACAAAUCAUCACCUGACCAUCAUGAUUUAGCAGCCCUGCAGAUCUUCAGUGACAUGAAGCUCCUGCGAUCAUGGCCACAAACACUUCUCUGUACUUUCGCAUCGUCGAGGGACGAAAUCUGCCUGCAAAAGAUGUUUCUGGAACCAGUGAUCCAUACUGCAUCGUCAAAGUUGACAAUGAGGUCGUGGCCAGAACUGCGACCGUCUGGAAGAACUUGAAUCCAUUCUGGGGGGAAGAAUACACCCUUCAUCUGCCAACGGGCUUCCAUACGCUCACCUUCUAUGUCAUGGAUGAAGACACUAUUAGUCACGAUGAUGUCAUUGGUAAAAUCUCCCUGAGUAAAGAUGCGAUCGCCGCUCAACACAAAGGCUUGGAUAACUGGCUGAACCUGAGCCGUGUGGAUCCAGAUGAGGAGGUUCAGGGUGAGAUCCAUCUGGAUCUGGAGCUUCACAGAGACGCUCAGAGAACCGUCCUGCACUGUCACGUCAUCGAGGCUCGAGAUUUGGCUCCUCGUGAUAUUUCUGGUACCUCUGAUCCGUUCACCAGAAUCAUCUACAACAACCUGAGCACGGAGACAUCGAUCAUAAAGAAGACGCGGUUCCCGCACUGGGAUGAGACUCUGGAGUUGUGUUUGGAUGAAGGUGCGGAUGAUGAAGGUGGAAGCGUCACCGUGGAGGUCUGGGACUGGGACAUGGUGGGCAAGAACGACUUUCUGGGAAAGGUGGAAAUCCCUCUGUCCUGUUUGCACAGAUCGCCUCUGAUGCAGGGCUGGUUUCGUCUGCUGCCGCUGGGAAACACCGAGGACGAUGCAGGGGGUAAACUGGGUGCCUUGCGUCUGAAGGUGCGUUUGACAGAGGAGCGAAUUCUUCCUUCUCUGUACUAUCAGCCUCUGAUCGAGCAGCUGGUGGAGGCCGUCAUCUCGCCAUCUGAGGUGGAUGAUCCCACACCCUUGACCCUCCUGGAAGAGGUCACGACGGUGGAGAGUCGACAAGAGGUGGCCAUGACGCUAGUGAAGAUCUAUCUGGGUCAAGGCCUGGUCGUGCCAUUCCUGGACUACCUCAACACCAGAGAGGUUCACAACACCACAGAUCCAAACACACUCUUCCGGUCCAACUCACUGGCCUCUAAAGCUAUGGAGCAGUUCAUGAAGGCUGUCGGGAUGCUGUAUCUACAUGAGGUUCUGAAGCCCAUUAUUAACCGGAUCUUUGAGGAAAGGAAAUACGUCGAGUUGGAUCCCUGCAAGAUAGACCUCAACCGCUCCAGACGUAUAUCAUUUAAAGGCUCGGCGUCUGAGGCGGAGGUCAGAGACAGCAGCGUCGGGCUUCUUCAGGCGUAUCUGACCAGCAUCAUGGAGGCCAUCGGGAACUCAGUUUCCCAGUGUCCUCCUGUGAUGAGGGUCGUGUUCAAACAGCUCCAUAAACGGGUAGAGGAACAGUUUCCAGAACCGGAGAAUGAGGAUGUGAAGUAUUUGUCCAUCAGUGGCUUUUUCUUCCUGCGUCUGUUCGCUCCUGCGAUUCUGACACCCAAACUCUUCCAGCUGAGAGACCAUCACGCCGACACACGCACCAGCAGAACGCUCCUGCUGCUCGCUAAGGCUCUUCAGAGCGUUGGGAAUCUGGGGCUCCAGUUGGGUCAUGGGAAGGAGCAGUGGAUGACCCCUCUGCAUCCCAUCAUCCUUUGCAGUGUGGCGUCCGUCAAAGAUUUUCUGGACAAGCUUAUAGACAUCGAUCACGACAACGUGUGUGAAGCUCCUCAGCGCACCGUGUUCUUGCCAUCGGUCAUCGUGAAGGAAGGUUUCCUGCAGAAACACAAAGCUGAAGGACCUCAGCUGCUCAAACGCUUCACUUUUAAGAAACGAUAUUUCUGGCUCAGUUCAGAGACGCUGUCCUACGCCAAGAGCCCCGACUGGCAGGUUCGCUCCUCUAUUCCCAUCCAGCGUGUGUGUGCGGUGGAGCGAGUGGAUGAAAAUGCCUUUCAGCUGCAGAACGUCAUGCAGGUCAUUACACAGGACACAGAAGGACAACUACACACCACAUACCUGCAGUGCAAGAAUGUGAAUGAGCUGAAUCAGUGGCUGUCGGCCGUCAGAAAGGUGAGUAUUUAUAAUGAACACAUGAUGUCAUCGUUCCAUCCAGGAGCUCAUCGAGGAAACAAGUGGACCUGCUGCCUUCAGCCUGAACGCACAGCGUCGGGCUGCAGUCGGACUCAUUCUGCCGUGACUCUGGGCGACUGGAGCGACCCGUUAGAUCCUGAUGCUGAAACACAGAUCAUCUAUAAACAGCUUCUGCAGGGCCGAGACAAACUCAGGAAGCAGUUCCUGGAGACACAGGAAAUGGAAACUGCUGAACAGGAAGAGACACCUUCAUCAGGUCAGACUCGCCUCAUCUUCCUCACACACACACACACACACACACACACACACACACACACACACACACACACGUCUGGUUCACUAUCUUCAUGAGGACUCUCCAUAGGC